AUAAAUAGGAGAGGUUGCAGGAAAGCCGCCUCGCACAGCCGCUCCGCACACCCGGAUUCCUGCAGCCGCGGAUCGGGAAUUUAUCCGCGUCGGUGCCCGGUGCUCCACACACCCUCUGCCUUUGAACCAGCAGCGGAGAGGAGGACCAGAGAGGAGGCGCACACCGAGAGGAGGAGGACCAUGGAGGGGAUGCAGGCAUACGGAGCAGGGAAGGCCGGAGGAGCCUUCGACCCCGUCACCUUCUUCCAGCAGCCUCACACCAUUCUCCGCAUAGUGUCUUGGCUCUUCUCCAUCGUGAUCUUCGGCUGCAUCGCCAACGAGGGUUACAUCAACCGUCCCAACGAAGUGGAGGAGUACUGCAUCUUCAACCGCAACCAGAACGCCUGCAACUACGGCGUCUUCAUGGGCUCCAUGGCCUUCCUGUGCUGCAUGGCCUUCCUGGCUCUGGACGUCUACUUCCCCCAGAUCAGCAGCGUCAAAGACCGCAAGAAAGCCGUGCUGGCUGAUGUCGGCGUGUCAGCGUUCUGGUCCUUCAUGUGGUUUGUUGGUUUCUGUUUCCUGGCCAAUCAGUGGCAGGUGGCCAAGCAUGUGGAUAACCCGCUGCGGGAGGGCGGCGACGCGGCCCGGGCGGCCAUCACCUUCUCCUUCUUCUCCAUCUUCACCUGGGCGGGACAGUCCUUCCUGGCCUUCCAGAGGUACAAACUGGGCGCCGAUUCGGCCCUCUUCUCCCAGGACUACACGGACCCCAGCCAGGAUGCAGCCGGAGCGCCCUACACCUCGUUCAGCGGGGGGGACGACCUGGAGAGCCCAGGAGGAGGGGGGCAGGCCAACAGCGACGGGGCGUUUGACGGCACCGGAGGCUACCAGCGUCAGGACUACUGA